AUGGCAACACCUCGAACUCUUGCACAGCAAUUUGAGCUUCUCACCAAGCCACCUCCCAUUGCCAAAAUUCCCGCAACCGUCUCAGUCAGUUUCAACACCGUAGCAAUGUGGCUAAAUGCCAAUUUGUUCACCCUCAUGGAUGGCAGAAACAGUAAUGAGCAAGUAGGCAACCUCGAAAGUGGUGGUCACUGUAUUGAUUUAGUCGGUACUGGAAAGACAGAAACAUGUCACUUUGCUAACAUUGGUAUGAAUGAUACUACAUCCAACUUCUUCUGGCGAAGAGUUGAUCUCAAUAUGGGUGCGAUAGAGAUAUUUGCCGAUCCCAAUUUGGCGGGAAUCGCGCAACGAUAUGGCUUAGGAAUCGACAGUCUUGCUAGCUCUCUACGCUGGCGCACUUUGUCGGAUCGUCAGUAUGCUUCAUUGUAUAAUACUUGGGACGGGACUGGUGACGCUUAUAACAACAUCAAGGGCUGGGGUAACAUCAAAGAAAUCGCAAAUUUGACCGUCCCCAAGAAGGAAAUUAUUGUACCAUUCAAUAUUUCAGCAAGUAAUGCCGACAGUCAAACAAACCUCACGGACGAGUCUUCAGGAAUCAACAAAUCUGACAUUGACCAACUAUUGGAGGUUACUCUCGAUAACUCCACAUCCCAAACUAUCACUGUUGAAUCAUCAGAUCAACAUGUAGUAGGUGUCGAUACAUCAUUCAGUCAGACCAUGUCUGCCGGCGUAGAAGGUGUUGCACCUUCUUCAACGCCUUGGGCUGUGCAGCUUAGUUAUUCCUAUAUAAAUACCGCCACCAAGUCCAAUUCCGUAACUAAGACUAUUAUCUUGAAUGUCAAGCAAAGUGUUAACAGACCUGCUCGAAGCUAUUAUAGGGCUACGUUAUUGGUGUUACUUGGACAACUUCGUGCUGCUGAGUAUGAAACGACGGCGGAGCGCUAG